AUGAAACCAUUGGAUGACGUUGAUCGCACUGCUAAUAAUAUGGCAUUCAAAUUCACGAUUGAUAAGUUACUCAAUAGGCACAUUGUUCCUUCGGUGGUGCCGUCAUUACCUCAGCCAUUCCGAAGGCUUCUUGGUGGCAAUCGGCCAAAUUUCGCAAAGAUUCACGACUAUUGGAUCUGGUUGGAUAUUUUCCUAGGAUCUUUUUGUGGUAUUGCCCUUAUUGAAGGAGUUUUCAAAAGCCCCAACGUUUUCACCGAUUAUCAUGGUGCACCAAUGAUUAUUGCCAGUUAUGGGGCCACUGCAAUCUUGUGCUUCAACACAAUCCAUGCGCCAUUAGCCCAACCACGAAACAUUUUGUUUGGCCAUUUUAUCAGCUCGUUGAUCGGAGUGUGCAUUUCAAAAUUAUUUUCAUUAUCUUCAAAUGGAAGAGAUAAUUACUGGGCCGCGGGGGCUCUAAGUGUUGGGUUAUCAAGUGUGGUAAUGACAAUUCUUAAUUGUGUUCAUCCACCAGCAGGAGCCUCGGCUCUUCUUGCAUGUAUCGACGAGUCGAUUCGAAAGAUGAGCUGGUGGUACUUACCAACACAAAUCGUUUCUUCGCUAUUGAUAAUUUGUGUUUCGUUGAUCUUUAACAAUGUAAUUCGAUUCUAUCCUCUAUAUUGGUGGACUGCUGCGGACUUGAAACCGAAACAACAAAAACAAGACUUGGAAAGUGAUCAUCAUGUACCAGAAGUCGAAGAGAAAAAGUCUUCUUCAUCACUCGAAGAUUUGAAUAUAGAAAAUAAAUUUCAGUUAUUUGAAACGAGUUCUGAAAUAACUGGGGUUGAAAUUAAUGGAAAUGGUAUCAAAUUGCCAACUGCAAAUGGCCUCAGUAACUCUGACAUUGAAGCAUUACAACUGAUAUAUUAUAAACUCUUUAAGUUAGAUUCUAAAGGCCCCGUAGCCCUUUAG